GGCCCCGGGGCUGAAGGGGCAGCACACUCAGGGCGGGGUGCUCUGCUUAGGUCUGUUUGACUGGAGCAAGGAACUACAACUCCCUAAAUGCACUGCGCCGCUGGCUGGCGCGAGGCAGUGACGUGAGGGUUUUGGUCGCUACCAUUUCUCGUGGGGGGGGGGAGACGGUGGCGAAGGCUGAUGACGCGCUCUUCGUGAGGCUGGAGGGUCACCGGAGGUCAGCCCAGGGUCAGCGCGCUGCCGGUCUCAAAGCGCCUUCGCGAACCUUCCGUGCUUGACCAAUUUAAACGGACGGUCUACUUACCCUUAAUUACAGAUCCGGAUAUUUGCUUCCUGUUUGCCCCGCUGCCUCCCCACCCCGGGCCGGCAACUGAGCCAGGCGGACGCUACUGUUAGUAGUAGUAUCGUUAUUUAGUGGACUUUAUUUUUAAGUAAUCUGAAACUUGUAGAAAACUUAAGGAGUUUUCUUAUAAAGAACUACCUUACACCCUUUGAUAAUUAAGUUAGCCGCAGCUACGAUGCCGCUUUACCUGUGUAUUUAGAGGUACUUCAGUGUGUAUUUUCUAAAAACGAGGACAUUCUCCUACAUCCAGAAUCAGUGCCCACCCGGAACCAUGGUCCACGCUUUCCUCAUCCACACCUUGCGGGCUCCACAGGCCCAAGACAUGGGCCUUUGCCGAGUGCUCUACUCCUGCGUCUUUGGUGCCGAGAAUUCACCCGAUGACCCACGACCACAUGGUGCUGAGCGGGACAGGCUCCUCCGAAAGGAGCAGAUUUUGGCUGUGGCCAGGCAGGUGGAAUCCAUGUGCCGGCUGCAGCAGCAGGCAUCUGGCCGGACCCUCAUGGACCUGCAGCCUCAGUCCUCAGAUGAGCCAGUGCCCCUGCAUGAAGCCCCCCUUGGGGCCUUCCGCCUGGCAGCAGGGGACCCUUUCCAGGAGCCUCGGACAGUGGUAUGGCUGGGCGUGCUCUCAUUAGGCUUCGCCCUGGUGCUGGAUGCCCACGAGAACCUGCUACUGGCUGAGGGCACACUCCGGCUGCUGGCACGCCUCCUCCUCGACCACCUCCGGCUGCUGACCCCCAGCACCAACCUCCUGCUUCGGGCUGAUCGCAUUGAGGGCAUCCUUGCCCGCUUCCUGCCCCAUGGUCAACUGCUCUUCCUUAAUGACCAGUUUGUCCAGGGUCUGGAGAAGGAAUUCAGUGCUGCGUGGCCCCGCUAACCACUCCCUGGGAUGGGACUUCCUGAGAGGGCAAGGAGGAAGGACAGGGACGGGUGGACACACACACAGCCAGGUGAAGCUUGGCAUCGGCCUCCUUCCCAGCCUGCUCCCAGCCUAGGUGUGGUACCACACCCAGGACAAGUGGACACCACAAGCUGGCAGGAAAGGGGGCUGGGCGAAGGGUGGUGGGAAGGAAUCCCAGAACAUCUUGUGCUUGGAGGUGCCAUGUGACUCAUUCAUACUGCUGCAGUGGGCCAGCCCCACCUGUCCUUGACCCCGGUUUCUCCCAUCUCCGGCAGCCAGCCCCAAAAACAGUCCAGCAGUUGCUAGUGUUGGAGCAUGAGGAGCGGAACUCAGCCCACUUUCUCAAACUUCCAAGCCCACAGUCAUGGCAGUGCAAAGGGAAUCUGAGACUCCCAGGGUGGGGGAGCUGGCUGCAGCCUUUGCACCCACUUAGGCAACGUUAUCAACAAGGAUUUUGUCAGUGAGGGCCUGUUCGGUGUCCAGCCCCACCGUAGUUCCCAAACGUCAUUCAUUCAGCAGGGGGAUUCUGUAGCUCAUUUUGGGCGCAGCCCUUGCCCACCAGGCAGCUUUGAGAUAAUCACAGGUUUCCUUUGUCUGCAGGGAGAGAAGGUACCAUCAGGUGGGUGCAAGAGGUCUGGCCAGGAUGAAGUUGUCUUUCUCGUUUUGAAUUAAAAGCACUGAUUGUAUGA